CCUCUGAGACUGACAGCCCGUUAGCCGCUGCUGCUCACCGGCAAUGAUACAGCAAACACGGACGCAGUAAGAUACACCGAGAUGGACUUGGCGAGCACUUUUUACCACUACAAAGACGGAUAUUAUUUACACGUCGCCGUCUAGUGACAUCAGACGGCGUGUAGUGUCACCUGGGCUCGGUUUCGUUUCGAGGAAAAGGAGACUCGACGGCCGGGAGAGGAAUGGAUGCGACGACUGCUUUCCUGCGACAUACACCGGCCAGCUAAGAGGCUUCACUCCGAAGACCACCUGAAUUAUUCACACUAAUUCCUCUGUGCUCAAUUGUGACAGUAAUAUCCACUAAACGUUCGUGGUUGGCAGUGGAAAGGUACACAAAGUUCAAGAGGAGCGUUGCUAAUCGCUGCUGGCGACCCAGCGCAGCGUUUAGCUAACCAGCGGCUAGCUGAAAUUCGCAUUCUUUGUUUAUUUUAUUUGCUUCGUUAAAUACACUGGUUUUAAUCGUUCUGGAGUUGGAGUUGAACUCGAGUUGAGAGGAGGAACUCAGCCGGUGAGCUAAUGUUUCAGCCUGACUACAUCUGGGAACGUUUAGCUUGAUUUUUAAAGGACAUAAAUCAUAUGACUUCUCACUUAUGGCUCGUUAGUAUCGCGGUACUGCAGCUGACCCAGCUAGCUAGCAUCUGUGUUAGCUAGUCGGUAGCGCAAACAACCGUCUGCCACUUCUUGGCCGCGACAAACUCCUCCACGGUAAAGAUGCACCACCAGGACUUCUCCGGAGACCCGCCCGGGACCGCGACCCGAAAAACGUCCUUUCACUACAGGAGGGGAAGCAGCGGUGCGUCCGCCUCCUCCGCAGCCGGUGGAGUCGCCACGGCUGAAGACAAUCCAACCCAGGCUGGAUCCUCCUCUCCCGGACCCCACCACCAGCCCCAGUCCCAAGCGGCUGGAGCUCAGGUGAAGAAGAAAAGUGGCUUCCAGAUAACAAGUGUCACCUCUGCUCAGAUAAAUGUGAGCGGCAACAACAGUUUAGCAGACGACACAGAGAGCUAUGAUGACAUGGACGAGUCGCACACUGAAGACCUCUCCUCCUCUGAUAUGCUGGAUGUUUCUGUGUCCAAGGCCACGGAUACAGGUGUGCCGGAGAGAAGCUCCUCGGAUGAGACGCUGAACAGCCUCCACGGGGUCGACACACCUGGACUGGUGUCACCCAACGAGCCUCUUCAGCCUCAUUCCAUCCCUCAGGGGUCCCAGCAGCACACCUCUAUGGUAAACGGAACAAUGCACCACCAUUAUUACCCUCAGCAGCACGGCCAGGCCCAUCACCACCACUCUGACAGCUUGGGAGGAGGUGAAGCAUCUUUACCAACUCUUCCCGUUGCUCCUUUGGCUACCUCCAGUCCGGCUAUGGGUUCCAAAGCUGGGGCUAGCCAGACCCAAAGGCCACCAAUGUUGGAUAACACUAAACCUGCAAGUCAACAAGUAGCCCCUGUUGUUGGUGGGACAGCCACUGACCCACAUGGACAAGGUAAUGUGAACAUUUCUAAUGUGUCAGCUGUCCCUGCUGCUGCUGUUCCUCACUCUGGGCCUGCAGGUUUAGACACCACCAAUGUAAGCGGACAAGUAGCUUCUGUUGGAGGAGGAACAGGCCCUGCUGCUGCUGCCCCCAACACUCAAACCCAGCACACCCAAACAGCUACCGGCUCUCGUUUUAGGGUGGUCAAACUAGACACUAACUCUGAGCCAUUCCGCAAAGGAAGAUGGACGUGCACAGAGUAUUAUGAAAAGGAGGUUCCUCAUCCGACUCCAUCUGAAGCACCAAAAGCUGCAGACGUGGCUGCAGAGACUGACGCAGUGAAUGCUGGGAUUAGUCCAGGUGUACCUGCUGUACAGCCGCCUCACACACUACAGCCCUAUCAGCCUCCAAGCCAGGACUACACCAGUCCACAAGCCAUGCAGAGCCCACCACAGGGGCUCACUCAAACCACUCCUCUGACCUAUGUUUCACCCCAGGAGGUUGUUGGUGGGGCUCACAUGCAGAAGCCUGUGGCUCCUGUCACUGUCCCUACAGUGAUGCCACAGGUGACACCACAGGCUGGUGUGACUCAACCUGCUCUAGUGAUACCCCAGCAGUUGCCCUACGCUGUGGAUCCCCACCAGACUCAACCCCAGGGAGGUUACCCUGCACCUCAGCUCCAUGCGGGGGUCAUGGCCCCAGCAAAUGUCAGACAGCCAGAUUUUAUCCAGCCUACCGCUCCUUUCCAGACACAAGUCCAGCCUCCGCUGCCACAUGUUACGACCGGACUCUCCAUAACACCAGUACCAGGAGUCAUGGCACCACAGCCAGUCAGCGUUACUCCACAGCUGCCUCAUCAAGGUCAGGUAGCCCCACCUCCUCAGGCAACUUUUGCUGCAGGACAGCCACAGACUCUCACCGCUCAUCCUCCACCCCAGCCUCACCCACAGCCACAAAUCACAGUCCCUAUACUGCCCACCCAUGGGACCCCCUACAUGCCUCUGACUGCACUGCAAGCUGACCUUCAGCCGCUCCUCACCCCGGGCACAACCCUCACCCAUGUCCCUGGAGGAGGGAGCUCCAUAAAAGCCUCCCAGCUGGAGGAUGCUCAAAAGCUUCUGCUCCAGCACCAAGGCCUGCUGGGUCUCCCCAGGCUGGCAGUGGCAGCAGGUGGCGAGGGGGCCACAGAGGCCGGUGGUGCUGUAGGAACACUCGCCCACAUUGGGAUGUCAGCGGAGGCCAGCGCCUUCAUGGUGGCUGCUGCUGCAGGCCUCAGGACUCAGCAUGCUGAAGGAGACGAGGACAGCUCUUCGGGCGCCAGUGUGGUGGCCAUCGACAACAAGAUUGAACAAGCGAUGGACCUGGUGAAGAGCCACCUGAUGUACGCGGUGCGCGAGGAGGUGGAGGUGCUGAAGGAGCAGAUCAAGGAGCUGAUCGAGCGCAACACUCAGCUGGAGCAGGAGAACAACCUGCUCAAGAACCUGGCCAGCCCCGAGCAGAUGGCUCAGUUCCAGGCACAAGUCCAGACCGGCGGCUCCCCGACCAGCACCGCCCAGCCUCCGGUACCCGUCCCGGGCGGAACCACGCAAGCCCUCCCCUCCUCACAGAACUCCGGCUCGUCUGCGUAACACGGACUUGGGAGAGCCUCCCCUCGGGGAUGACGGACAGAGGGGAUGGAAGGAAGAAGAUGAGGAGGAGGAGGAGGAGGAGGAGGAGGAAGGAGUCUCGCCAUACUGUGAACGGACUCGAGCUUCUGGACCGACUAUGCCACCGUUUGGAGGAGCGCACACUGACCCGGCGGACGGAGAAACAACCCUCUUUUUGUUGCACAUUUUUAUUUAACUGAAAGACGUUGGAGCUGCACCGGUGUGUGAAUGCGUGUCUGCUUCGUCUUUUAUUACUGCUUCAGACAAUCGUUGUCGUGGUGAUGAUGAGGGGAGCCGGCCAAUCGGAGGCUCUCGUCAGUCGAAUCCCCCCCUCCCACCCACCCACCCACCCUCCUCGCAGUGUGCCAUCGUCCCCCCUCCUCACCUCUGCUGUCCAUCAGUUUUUUAAUCGGUGUUUUCCUUUCUCUCUCCCACCACCACGUGCACUUUGUUCAAGGCAGACAAACUUUUCAAGGGAGAUUCGUUUGAGCCCAUCUGGAAUGGGAGCUUCCUGGUUCUGAAGAGGACGAGGAGGGCGGCGCUGAGGGGGGCGGGGGUCGUAAAACAAAUCUGAAAUCUAAAUUAGCGGCGCCUCAUUGUUCGCUCUGAGAACUCGGUGUUCUGCCGUCCCCACCCUGAACCUGAACCUGAACACUUCUUACUCGGAUGGAGCAUUAAAACAUUUAUGCAGGGAAUCAAUGUUUUUUAGGGAGUUUUUUUUUUGUUUGUUUUUUUGUCUCUUCUUGGUGUAAUAAUGUCCUGUAAAAAAAAAUAAAUAACAGAAAUAAAUUAGGACAUGACUGUUUCUAGGUAGUGAACUUUGUACAGAUUUAAAAUUUCCAAUUAAACUCUGCCAAGUGCCUGGUUUCUAACCAUAGAUACAUAUAUCAGAGCUGUGUUUUUUUAGUUGUGUUUUCUAUAUAUAUAUCUAUGGUUUUGCCAGGUUUUGAACUACCAGUGAUGUCAGUACUCAGGGUGGGAACAGAAGAGGACGUUUUACCUCGACACUAGAGAUGCUGUCUUCUCUCCUGCAGUGACACACGGCUCGUACUGUACGUGAAUCCACUCGCUCCGAUCAUCUGGACUGUUUUUACCGUUUUGGGGACGUGUGUUGUUGUUGUUGUUUUUUUAAAAAAUAAUAAUACUAAUUUUUUUUUUUGUUUUUUUUGUACAGCCAAGUGUUUUGCGUUGCUCUUAGUGCAACUGGAGCGCCGAACACGAUAAAUAUGACACACUUGGCGAUUUAAAGAAAAAGAAACACGAUAAGGAAAAUGCAGAAGUAUGUGGAUGUUUUGUGCAUGUUCCUCAGCCCAUCACAAAUGUGACGUUACAAUUGCACUAGACAGUUGCACCUCAAAUAAAAACAAAAAAGCAAAAAA